CGAGGAGCCUCCUGCUUUAUCCUCUCGUUUUCUCUUGAUUCUGCAGUUGCACUAAUAGCGGAAGUACGCCUUCAGAGAGUUGUCCCAUCGUUCCGCUCAAGUAAACUUUUGCAGGCUCCAAAGGGACAUUAUGUGGAACUGAACUUCAGCUUGGAGACUUCACAUGCAACACCAUGCAUUGAUGAUGUGUAUCUUGAGGUUCGUGAUGGAUACAGCAAGUCUGCCAAUCUUCUUGGUGUAUUUUGUGGAAGGAACAUUUCUGGUAUUGUGCGAUCCAGUGGACGGAGCUUGUGGUUAGGAAAAACAGCUAAAUUCAAUUACCAUUUCAGAUGUUCAUACAGUAACAAAACAAUCAAUACAACAGGUAAGUCCUGAUUGACUCACUGAAAUUAACCACCAAAAGGCAAAUUAGAUGUGUUGUAAGUUUAAAAGUUCUCAUGAAAUGGCCAUUACUCAUGUUUCUUAUACUCGACUGCUUUCGUAAUUGCUAUGUAUUUUUUUUCCUCUUCCAGUCCAAGCCAACCUGGAUAAAGUGGCCAAAAUUCAGUCCGUUCUUUCAAACCAUUUCUCAUCCCUCUGGUGCCCAGCACAAGGCGCACCGGCACCAGUCAUUGUUUGGAGAAAGAACGGCAUUGUGGUACAGAACAGUACAAGUGUCAAAUAUCAGCUGACCAUUACUGAAGAAAACAACUACAGCUGCGAGGUGAAGAGGCAGGAUGGUUUUGACAAGAAAGAAAUCAAUCUUGUUAUGGAAAGUGAGUUUUGGUAACAAAAUUUGUUCCUAAGUUGAUCAGGCCAAGGGGAAAACCUAUCGCAAAUUUGCAAAUUUUGAAUCCCUAGCUAGUAAAAUGCGCAAAUCCCAAAGCUUUUACCUUCUUUCUUCGCAACUGAAUGGCGGACACUAAAGGUUUAUUGACCUUACAACAUUUUUCGUUCCUUACCCUGGAAUAGUAUUAGGUUUGCAUGAGCCAACCAGAGACAACGAAAAGCUCCACUGACUUUCAGUAAACAGCAUGAUAUUGAAAACGUAUCCUCUUGUUAAAUUCUAGGGUGUCCUAAUCCCUGCAGGUGUGAAACUGCGGUUGGAAUCAUGCGUGCAGUUACCCGCAUUGAAUGUAGGGGAAAACAUUUACAGUCAGUUCCACGACACUUGCCCCUCCCGACAGCGAAAUUGUAAGAGUGUUAUCUCUUUCUUUCUUUUGUUUUUCGAUUGGUAGUGAGAAGGAGGGAGCAUGAGACAUUCAUGGUCUAUGAGGUUCAGAGGAAAAAAAGAGAAACAAAGAGAGGCUUUAAGCAACCUUUGUAACUAGCAAACAUUUUUAGAUUAAAGGCUCUCUUUUAACGUUAACGAAAGACUCUCUGUUAAGGCUGACAAUGACGUUUUGAAGGCAACCUGAUUGGAUGACAACGAUCGUAAUUUUGUCAAAAGCUGCUGGUAUACUGUAUAUGAGUUGUUCACAACUUAAGGAUAGUUAGUGAACUGAACCGAACGGCGACAAGAUGUUAUCAUAAAAUAUGAAGUGACAUGUGAACACAAUAUGAUUCUUGCAGUUUGUAACAUCAAUUCGAAGAGUCGAGUUGUCGUUUCUUGUUCAUAACAUUGGACAGUUAAACGGCUCUUCACUCGACUCUGAUGAUAACUGCUGCUCACGUUAUAGAGAGCGAAGAAAGUUGCUUUCAUAUUUUCUCAAAGUUGGCAAGAUUAGAAUUUUUCCUGAAUUCUUACCUUGUUUGGUUUUUAUAAAUUGAGUCACUCGUCGAGUCUUGGAAAAUUGGGUUGCUUCUAAUUUUACUUGAACGAUUUUUAUUACAUUCAAUGUUCCCGCGGAGUGAAGUUAACACCAAAUGUCUGUAUACACUUAUAUUGUGGCUAAAGUUAUACUUUCCCCGGGUAUAAAGAUAUCAGAAAGUAAGAAUAAACAAGAAGUAUAAUGUUCAACCUUGCUUAAUCUAGGAUAUACUCUCCUUCUAGGAACCUGAAAUACAACCAAAUAAAGGAACUACCACCUGAAGUCUUCCAAAACAACACCGAGUUGGCUGUUCUGUAAGUGACCAAUGUUUAUGCUUGUGUUAAUAUUGAUGUUCGAUGUAUUAAGAAUUGCCGAAUGUCUCAUGCUCAGUGGGUGUAGUCAAACACGUAAGUAAUCAGUCAAUGUGAAACGUUUUUAUUUUUUUGCUCUCUGAGAGCGAAAACUUCUUCAAAUUAAGAGGCCGUCGUCAUCUAUAAGAAAGCAUUUAAAAAAAUUCCCACUUAAAAUCCAUGACUUAUCCUUUUGCAGGAUCUUAGGAAGAAACCAGAUAGAGGGGCUACAAUUGGGAGUCUUUAGUAACAACAAGAAGUUGACCCACUUGUAAGAAGGCAUUUUAUAAAAUUAUGGUCAAUUUUUGUAUCUUUACUGUCAUUAUCUUUAUCGUUCUCAUAAUUAAUUCUAAAAUACUCAAAUAUUGUUGAACGACAACAAUGAGUAUUGCCUUCGGGGUCUACUACGAAGUUGCGUGAUGAUUUAGCUUUUGAGUUAUUCAAGCUACAUUCGGUGCGAGUGAGGAACAUUACUUCUAAGUUCACCAUCGCGAGAACCAUAAUAGUCAUUUGUUAGCGACUGCCUAGGAAGACUCCAUCAAGCUCAUAUCACAACUCUCCGAUAGAAACUCACUAUUGUUAUAUGUGUCCUCUAUUCGCUCCGACUCAGUCGGUUCUUGAAAUUUAAGCGAACUUUGUUUCAGCUUACUGGCUGUGGUGAGCAGGUAGGUGAGGGUAAGAUGGUCGAAAAAUCUGGUAAAGAGCAAGCUGGAGUAAAAGAUCAUAUAGGUUAUCCUGGCACACCAUCGUGAUGUUCCCAGAAUCCAGUUAUUUGCUGAAUGCUUGCGAAAAGCUCUUCACUCUUCACUCUUCACUCAAACAAACCCUCCCCUCCACAGGUCUCUGUCCCUUACCCCUACCAGCCAAGUAAUGAGUGGUCCUGAAAUGUUGUAUUAAACUAUUCAAAAGUCUGCGAAGAGUUUCACCGGAAUAAUAGGAAGUAGAAUAAGCUAACUGGAGCUCUGUUUUAAGGCUUUUAGUGCUUCGAAUAGAGAGGCUUACGCAUCAGCGAUUGUGGUAGGAAGCUCAUCAAAGGACUUAUUGAAAUUAUUCAAGUGUAUAGUGAUGGUAGUGUCAACAACUGAGUCUUACAUCUUACAUUUUUCGAUGCCACACAAAAUCUAAAUGUGAAAACUACAAAAAAUGUAAUCAAGAGCAACGCAAAACGUUAAACUCACUAGCCUAUAUAUAUUUAUUUGACUCAGACUCGGUACAAGUAAACUGUAUUUCGACCGAAAAAAGUGCGCAGUAGCAGCAACACACAAGAGGUGAUAUAAUUUUAACAAAAAUCAUGGAAUAUCUUUUCUUAGGGAGUUGGAUAACAACUGGAUAAAUGAGCUACUACCUGGAGUCUUCAAUAAUAACAUUGAGUUGAUCGAACUGUGAGUAACAGAUAUCCACACCAUAUCUCUUUCUUUCUUUUUUUUCGGUUGGCAGGGAGAAGUAUGAGACAUACAUUAAAUUUGUUUUAUGAGGUUCAGAGGAAAAAGAGAAACAAAAAGAGGCUUUUAGCAACCUUUGUAACUAGCAUACAUUUUCAGAUUAAAGACUCUCUUUUAACGUUAACGAAAGACUCUGUUAACGUUGACAAUGACGUUUUGAAGGCAACCGGAUUGGAUGACAACGAUCGUAAUUUUGUCAAAAGCUGCUGGUAUUCUGUAUAUGAGUAGUUCACAACUUAAGCAUAGUUAGUGAACUGAGCCGAACGCCGACAAGAUAUUACCAUAAAAUAUGAAGUGAAAUGUGAACACAACAUGAGUCUUGCAGUUUGUAACAUCAAUUCAAAGAGUCGAAUUGUCGUUUCUUGUUCAUAACAUUGGACAGUUAAACGGCUCUUCGCUCGACUCUGAUGAUAACUGCUGCUCACGUUAUAGAGAGCGAAGAAAGUUGCUUUCAUAUUUUCUCAAAGUAGGCGAGAUUAGAAUUUUUCCUGAAUUCUUACCUUGUUUUUCUUAAAUUGAGUCACUCAACGAGUCUUGGAAAAUUGGGUUGCUUCUAAUUUUACUUGAACGAUUUUUAUUACAUUCAAUGUUCCCGCGGAGUGAAGUUAACACCAAAUGUGUAUACACUUAUAUUGUGGCUAAAGUUAUACUUUCCCCGGGUAUAAAGAUAUCAGAAAGUAAGAAUAAACAAGAAGUAUAAUGUUCAACCUUGCUUAAUCUAGGAUAUAUUCUCCUUCUAGGAACCUGAAAUACAACCAAAUAAAGGAACUACCACCUGAAGUCUUCCAAAACAACACCGAGUUGGCUGUUCUGUAAGUGACCAAUGUUUAUGCUUGUGUUAAUAUUGAUGUUCGAUGUAUUAAGAAUUGCCGAAUGUCUUAUGCUCUGUGGAUUUAGUCAAACACGUAAGUAAUCAGUCAAUGUGAAACGUUUUCAUCAUUUUGCCCUCAGAGAGCGAAAACUUUUUCAAAUUAAGAGGCCGUCGUCAUCUAUAAAGAAGCAUUUUAAAAAAUUCCUACUGAAAAUCCAUGACUUAUCCUUUCGCAGGAUCUUAGGAGGAAACCAGAUAGAGGAGCUACAAUUGGGAGUCUUCAGUAACAACAAGAAGUUGACCCACUUGUAAGAAGGCAGUUCAUAAAAUUAUGGUCGAUUUUUGUAUCUUUACUGUCAUUAUCUUUAUCGUUCUCAUAAUUAAUUUUAAAAUACUCAAAUAUUGUUGAACGACAACAAUGAGACAACAAACAACAAACAAUGCGUGAUUUAGCUUUUGAGUUAUUCAAGCUACAUUCGGUGCGAGUGAGGAACAUUACUUCUAAGUUCACCAUCGCGAGAACCAAAACAGAUAUUUGUUAGCGACUGCCUAGGAAGACUCCAUCAAGCUCAUAUCGCAACUCUCCAAUAGACACUUACUACCGUCAUAUAUUUCCUCUACUCGCUCCGACUUAGUCCGUUAUUGAAAUUUGAGCGAACUUUGUUUCAAUCUACUGGCUGUGGUUAGCAGGUAGGUGAGGGUAAGAUGGUCGAAAAAUCCAGUAAAGAACAAGAUGGAGUAAAAGAUCAUAUAGGUUAUGUUUAUCCUGGCUCACCAUCGUGAUGUUCCCAGAAUCCAGUUAUUUGCUGAAUGCUUGCGAAAAGCUCUUCACUCUUCACUCAAACAAACCCUCCCCUCCACAGGUCUCUGUUCCUUACCCCUACCAGCCAAGUAAUGAGUGGUCCUGAAAUGUUGUAUUAAACUAUUCAAAAGUCUGCGAAGAGUUUCACCGGAAUAAUAGGAAGUAGAAUAAGCUAACUGGAGCUCUGUUUUAAGACUUUUAGUGCUCCGAAUAGAAAGGCUCACGCAUCAGCAAUUGUGGUAGGAAGCUCAUCAAAGGACUUAUUGAAAUUAGUCAAGUGUAUAGUGAUGGUGGUGUCGACAACUGAGUCUUACAUCUUACAUUUUUCGAUGCCACACAAAAUCUGAAUGAGUAAACUACAAAAAAGUAAUCAAGAGCAACACAAAACGUUAAACUCACUAGCCCAUAUAUUUAUUUCACCCAGACACGGCACAAGUAAACUGUAUUUCGACCGAAAAAAGUGCGCAAUAGCAGCAACACACAAGAGGUGAUAUAAUUUUAACAAAAAUCAUGGAAUAUCUUUUCUUAGGGACUUGGAUAACAACCGGAUAAAUGAGCUACCACGAGCUGGAGUCUUCAAUAAUAACACUGAGUUGAUCGAAGUGUAAGUAACGGAUAUCCACGCCCAUUUUUCAUAUUAUGUCAGGGUUUACUUAAUAUGAUCAAGACGCUCCUCAAGCUUAGUGGAUGUAGUCAACCAUGAAGGGAAUGAAAGAGGGUAAGACGGUGUGUAUUUGGACAGUUUAAUCAAUGAUCAUUUCUUAGCAUAUGUCGGUGGUCCUAUGUUUUAUCAGUUUGCGUGAGCGUGACCAGUAUGUAGAGGUAGGCACUUCAGAUAGUACCAUACCUAAAGUGUUGAUGUAUAUCAAUUUGAUAUAUCAGUAAAAGCGUUUGUUUGACCCGGACACGGCAAAAACAAACUGUAUUACGACCGAAAAAAGUACUCAACAGCAGCAACACACAAGAAGUAGUAUAAUAUUAACUAAAGUCAAGGAAAUAUCUUUUCUCAGGGCCUUGGGUUACAACCAGAUAAAGGAGCUGCCACCUGGAAUCUUCAAUUAUAACACUAAGUUGGUCACACUGUAA